AUGAAGGAGAUGGCCAAGCACAGCCCUUGCAAGGGUGAAGUGAAAAAGGAGCCCCCGACCUCAGCCAGGAAGGCGAAGCGAAGGCCGGACCUGAAGCUCACCACCCCCCUGAAAAGAAAGCAGCUUCGCAGGAAGCUCUUCGACACCCCCCCAUUGCGAGUGAAGAAGGAGGAGGAGAUGGAUGAAGAGGAAGACAACAUGGAGCCGGGGGAGGAGGACUCCCGUGGCCUGACGACUCCCCCGCGCAAAGCGCGCUCAGGGCACGAUUCGGGCUCUGAUGAGGAUGAGGAUCUGUGGUCGGGUGAGUUUCGUGCCAACAAAAGAAAGAAGACGGGCCAGGCAGCCAAGCCAAGGUCCAUCAAGAAGACAAGAAAGGCCCCAUGCCAAUCUGAGCACAGCAGUGCCUGCACGGACACGAGCCCAAGCUGGGAGCUCACCCCGAACCCCACCCCCAACAAGCGCCACAAGAAGCAGGUUGAGAAGGUAGAUGCCCAGCGAGCGAAUUUCCAACCGGCCUGGAUUGACUUGAUCCCGAUGCCCUCGUCCCUGCCCCUUGACUGGCUUGUUUUUUGA